AAUGAUUCGGUAUCUUCGAAUGUUGGGAAUGGAGAUUCCUCUGUUUCUUUAUAUGCUCGGCUCAUAUCUCAACUAUCCCGUGUUUCAGAAUUUGAUCUACGAAAAGGAAUGCUUGAUUAAGUAUCAACAGAACGAAACAUUCUGUCGUAAUGUUAGUGCCUAUUAUGAUGACAAGGAUAUUCAAGCAGCCGCCAAUCAUUUUUACUUCAUCUCCUCAUUGACUCUUUUGUGCCCAUCUUUGGUAACUACGUUGCUGUUGGGAGCAGCCACCGACUACUGGAGUAUCAAAAUUCCUCUGAUCAUCCCAUACAUUGGAUGCAUUCUUGGCACCAUCAAUUACGUGUUUCAGUCGUAUUUUAUUCACACUUCGGUCUAUUUUCUGCUUAUCAGUGAUGCGCUCUUUGGCCUUUGUGGUGGCUUCAUUGCAAUUAUAUCAACUACUUUAACAUAUGGAGUGAAAACAAGUAUGCUUCGCUAUCGUAGUUACCGUAUUGCUGGAGUCGAAGGAGCUAUCGGAUUGGGUGGAACCGUUGGAUUUGCAUUAUCUGGAACUAUAAGAGAAGCAUGCGGAUAUGCUGUCACUUUCCUUAUUAUUCUGGGUCUUCAACUUCUUGCUCUUCUCUACCUUCUCGGUUUAGCAAAAGAAACUAAAUUUGAACCAGUACGACCUGAUGAGCACACUUCUUUGAUCUCCACCACUGGAAAACAAUUGGUCGCCGUAAUCCGUGAAUUCUAUCGAGUUAUCACAAAAUCUCGUCAAUUCCGUCUUCUUUUAAUUCUCAAUCUUCUCGCAUUUGGACUAGAAAUGCUCGUAUUUUCCGGUCUCUCAGAUAUUCAAUAUUCAUAUCUUCGUUACAAAUUACAAUGGGGAGAUAAGAAGUAUGGAUGGUUCUCUGGACUUUCUUAUGGUAUUACAACUGCAGCAGUUUUAUUCCUGUACCCAUUGUUACGCAUGAAGUUGAUGUCUGAUGGAAUGUUGGCCACAUUGGGAUUAUUUUUCAAAAUGAUCUCGUUGUUCAUGUUCGCUUUUCUGCAGAAUGAAGUUAUGGCUUAUUCUAUUGCAGUAAUUGUAAUGUUUAAUCGAUUUGUGUCAACUGGAUUCCGUGCAUUCAUUUCAUCUCUAAUCGAUAUGCAAGAGCAAGGAAAAAUUUUCUCCGUGAUUUCACUUUUGGAAGGAAUUACCACACUUGUUGCCACAUCAAUAUAUAACAAUGUAUAUCCAAAUACAUUGACAUUCUUUCCGGGAUUACUGUAUCUUAUCAGUGCAGUCACAUUGCUCAUCCCACUUGCAAUUGUCAGCACAUCAGACUUCGUGGUCCGAACUCAUCGUCCAGAAGUCUCAGAAGGAAUCCUUAAUAGUCGAAAUGACGUCAUUGAUGAAGAUGGGUCAAUCGAAGAUUUAUCUUAUUAACAAAUCAUUCCUUCCUCUUCUUUAAAAGUUCAAUUUUCUCCUAAUCAGACCAGAUUUGCGGGUUGUCUGUGUGUGUAUAUAUAAACAUAAAAACAUGAUACCUUCUCAAUGAACUAUUUGUUUU